CUAUCCUCUUCCUGGCACCAGACAGGCGGAAGCAUCUUUGACACAUCAAGAUACAUGGAAUCGAACUCAUUGGACAAAGUGACUUGGAUUCGUUCGGCAUGCCUACAAAAAAGGCCCCACCAGCUGCUGCGCUGUGAAGCUCAUGGCAGCCGGAGAGAAUCUUAUAUCUCCUCCAUCACCUCCCUCUCGCCCUAGUGCCUCAAAUCAUAUCUAUAUCUACCUGCUUGCUUGCUUGCUUGCUUGCAUCUCAGCAGAAGCAAAGCUCUGGCCUGGUAAACAAACUGUAAGAGAGGAGAGCUUCUUGGGGAGAGGCAGAGGGAGUACCUUCUUUGGGAGGCGGCUGGAAACCAAAACAGAGAUUGGAGAUAGACACAGAAACACUUGCAGCUAGCAUUUUCCAAGAGAUGGACAGAGAGGAGAUGAAGAUAGUCAUCUUGGGGCAAGAACAAACAUUCAGACAACAGGUUCAUGAGAUGCACCGAGUUUACCAUGUUCAGAAACAACUGAUGAGGGAGAUGCAGUUAGCUGGGCUGAACCAGGUUCACGCUGAGACGAAAAAUAAACUUGAGGUCUGGCGCGACGACAAGGCUACCGACCGUCAGCAACUCUACAGCUUCUCAAACAGCUGCACCCAUGCCUCUGCUGCAGAAGAAUGCGACCUCGAGCUCACUCUGGCAACCGGGAGCAGCAGAAGCCACAAGGGCAAGCAAGUCGGCAAGUCCUCAAACUCAGACUCCGGGAUGGCGGUGUCGUCAACAUCGACCGAAUCCGAUCUGGCUCAGUUCAAGGAGUUUGACACAAGGGUGGUGAGGCUUCAGAUCGAGAGCAAGAGGUUUACCAUUGCCGAUGAGACGAAUCGGUCUCCUUGGCCGCACCAGCCUGUGAUCCUUAGGGUGGCACGGUGACCGACUUAGCUAGGAUUUGGUGUUGUAGAUUUCAGAGAAAGAAGAAAAGAUGUUGUCACUUCACAGAGCUAAUUUGGUUCAACAAUUUGCAAUAGACAAGAGGUCUCCAUCUUUCGGAGGCAUAUGUAACAUCUAAUUUAGUUGUUUUGGCAAAACCUCUGAACAAAGAACACAAUUGAUUCAGAAUUUCAGCCACGUUCAUAAGC